AUGAGUGAAGCAAUCAUCCGUCCAGUCCGGCACUUUCACAACCGUGUCGCCAUUGUGACCGGUGCCGGAGCUCACGGCGAUGGCAUCGGGAAUGGACGUGCUGCGGCCAUCUUGCUCGCAGAGGAGGGAUGUUCAGUCGUCUGUGUGGACUUGAAAAUCGAGUUAGCAGAGAAGACGGUUGAGAUGAUCAAGGAGGACGGUAAAGGCAAGGCCAUGGCCAUCAAGGCGAAUGUGGCGGACGAAGAAGAUUGUAAGAGGGUGGUGGAUGAAGCUGUAAAGCAGUGGGGAAGGUUGGAUAUCCUCGUCAACACCGUGGGUAUUGGAGGUGCAUCCGGGACGGCAGUCGACGUGGAUAUGGUCGAAUGGGCGAAGAGCAUGGAGGUCAACGUAGCAUCAAUGGUCAUGAUGUCAAAGUACGCAAUUCCUGUAAUGAAGAAGAACGAUGGGCAAUGGCGAGGAAGUAUUGUGAAUAUGGCCUCUGUUGCUGGCAUCCGAGGUGGCAAUCCUCAUCUGCUCUAUCCUACGAGUAAAGGCGCUAUUGUUAACAUGACGCGGGCAAUGGCCUCGCAUCACGCUCCUGAUGGGAUUCGAGUGAACUGUGUUUGUCCUGGCAUGGUCUACACUCCACACAUGGGCGGAUAUGAUGGUGGUAUGAGCGAUGCGGCUCGAGCAUCGCGGAAGAACAGGAGUCUUCUGAAGACCGAGGGCAAUGGGUGGGAUGUCGGCGCUGCGAUCAGGUUCUUGGCUGGAGAUGAAGCUCGAUGGAUGACCGGCGUUAUACUUCCCGUGGACGCUGGCUCGACCGUUGCCACGGGAUCUGACCUUCCUCCCGAUGCGAAUCAUCACCCGAAGUCGACGUAGAUGCCGUACCAUGGCCAGACAUGCCAGAUCUGAUGACAGGGGAUGUCGUGGAUCAUCAAGCAUCCACCUUGUCCUUCACCGUCUGCAUGAUCCUCCUGUGAAGUUCCGCAGCAGCAGCCACAUGUGCCUCCAGCUUCGGGUGAUACGGUACCAUUCCCUCGAUGAACAUCUCCAACUCGAAGCCAGUCACCCAGGGCUGCUUACUCCCUACUUCAUGUCCUGCACUCAGCUUCGACAUCUCCACCAGCACAACGCCCCCUCUAGAUUCCGCCGCAUUGCGAUACGCCCUCG